AUGGCCUCUGUAAACCGUCCCACAAACACCGCAGUCAAGGAGAAAGACAUCAACCAGAAGCUCCAGCUGUACGGUAUCUUCCAGGCCUUCUCGAACGGCAAGGUACCUUCCAACAAACAAAUCGAUGUCGCCCUCAACAGCGCCCUCGAGUCCAGCGCCCUUUCUUCGCCCUCGAAGAAGCUCUCGGCAGAGGGUCGCGAACUUGUCGCCGAUCUCAAAGACGUCAUUACGCAAGCCAAGUACCUGCUCCUGUCCAAGAAUGAUGGCAACCUGCUUCAGGAAUUCAUCUGGGACAGUCAGCACCUGGACGCCAACAACGCCAGCCUCCCUAAUGCCCCCACAGACAAAGACACCGCUAAGCAACACGGCAAUGAAGCCCUCGACGGCAUCAAGACUCUCGGCAGACUGAUCCUCUCCAAUGGCCAAUUCCGCAAGCUGUUGAACGACGCCACCGUCCUCCUCCGAGACAUGGCCGGCGACGCUGCUCAGAGUGCAGCCGACCGUGUCAAUCCUUCGGAAGAUAAGCUGAACCAGAUCGAUCAUCCUGCGGAGGAUAACACAUGGCACGAUGUUCCAUCGAAGGACCAUCUAAAGAACCAGGCUCGCUCUACAUUCGACAAGAACAAGCCAUUCGAUCGCGAGCAGGCUCAGCAAGCUGCGCAGCAGGGCAAGGAAACCGCUCAGUCGCAGAACACCGACGACCCUAAACAGUCUGGCGCUGCAGGCCUGAAGACGACCGCUGCGAAUCUCAAGGAACAAGCCAAAGCAAACAUUCCUGACGAGCACCAGGAAAAUGCGAAAAAGACAAAGGAUGCCGCCAAGGAGCGUAGCAAGAACUACCUCAACAAGAAGAUGCCCAAGGAGCGUCGCGACCAGACCAUCUGGCGCUUGAAGAAGAUGAUUGCUGAAAUUCAGGGCCAUUCAGACUAUCAGGAAGCCGUUGGGACGCUGCUCGACCUGGCCGAGACCUAUGGCGGUCAUGCGAAGAACGUCAAGGAACAAUCCCACGGGACUGUCAAAGGUGCACAUGGCGACGACAACUUGAGAAGCGCCGAAGCUAAUCUCAAGACACUCAUUGAGCGCUUUGCGAACUUCACCAGCACCGAUGACUUCUUCGAGUCGUUGAACGACAUUUACAAGGAUGCGGAUCGAGACCCCGAACUCAAGGACUGGUUCAAGUCUCUCGACAAAUUCAUCCGCAAAUGUCUCCAGGAGCAGGGCUUCAUCCUCCAAGACGCUGCCACCGAUGAGUGGAACCAGCUCUAUGAUCACGGUCACUUCCUCCUUCGGGACCGUUACCGCAAUCACACAGACCGCAUCUUGGAUGAAGUCAAGUUCCUUGCCGACCAGUUCGAACAAGACCCGCAGAACAAAGCGUUCGGAGACGCUGUGCAGAAACUCUUCCUUGACCUUGGUCAGGACGAGAAUGGCAAACCAGUGUUCAAGACGCACCUUCUGAAGGAUGUGACCGAGGUUAUCAUCCCGGGCAUCUUUGAGAACACCCGCUAUGUGCCCAUUCCUCGUAUUGAAGUCUCCGAUCCUAUGAUCGACGCUGUGGUCGAGAAUUUGGUCAUCGAGACAGACAAUCUGUUCCCCAACGUCUUCGAAUUCGGCAGCGACAACUACUUCCGUAUGGGCCGUAAGGGAGUCUCGAACAAGAAGGACAACAAGAUCAUGAUUGCUGGCUCAGGCAUCCAGAUGGAUCUCCGUGAUGUUGCCUACUACAUCAAGAAGAAGCAAGGCUUCCCGUCCGUCACCGAUAAGGGAGUCAUGGACAUCUUCUUGGGCGGCGAGGGCUUCAGCUUUAAGAUCGCUGCUCGCAAUGCCCAGAAGGCCGACCGUACUCAUUUUGUGGCCGUGGACAAGGUCGAUGUGACCAUCAAAAACUUGAACAUCAAGCUCAAGCAGUCCAACCACAAGCUGCUCUUCAAGAUCGCCAAGCCGUUGCUUUUGAAGGUUAUGCGACCAGUCAUCCAGAAGAUCAUCGAGAAGCAGAUCAAGGACAACUUCGAGAAGUUGGAUGCCUUCGCAUACACCGUCUAUCAAGAAGUUGAGCGCGCUAAGACAGCGGCAAAAGAAGAUCCGGAGAACGCCCCCAACAUCUUCCAGUCCUACGUCAACGCCGUGCAGGCCAAGCUUACGGAGAAGAAGGAGAAGACCAAGGAAGUCGCUUCCAAGACCAACGUCAACGUGGCCGUCACCAAGCAAGAUUCCAUGUUCAAGAACAUCUCUCUGCCAGGUGGUAUUUCAACCAAGGCCACCGAGUACAAAGAACUUGCUGCCAAGGGUGAACGCUGGGAGUCUCCAAUCUUCUCCAUUGGAAGCGCCAAAGAAACCAGCGGCAUUCCGAAGGCGAAGAAGGUUACCCGCAAGCCGCAUAGCACCACCACUCCAGUGAUCCGUGGAGGAAACCAUCCUAACAGCGAGAACUCCGGAGCAGGAUAUCAAUCUUCGACUGGAAACGGCGGUGGAUUCGGCAACCAGGUCGACCGAGCCUUUGAUACCCAGAAACCCAUGGGCACCAAUGGUUCUGCCAACGUCACCAACGGCAGCACCAACAAGACCUAUUACGAUGGAGUAACUCAACAAUAA